AUGGCACCGCCUCAUGCAGUUGACACAAUGCCAUUACCGGUGCCACUACCGCCACCCAUCCCUGAGACCCCUUCACCAACACCACUUCGCAUGCCGAUUUCCUUACAGCCGGCAAACAGCAAAACCAAACGCAGUUCAACCAACAAAUUCUUCGGUCGUUUUCGUAAUAUGUUCCGGUCGUUUCCCAUCAUAGUGCCUUCGUGUAAGAUGCCGACCAUAAACGGAAUCCGUGCAAGUGAAACAAUCAUACACGGCGGCACGAGGAUAACCGGAACCCUAUUUGGUUACAAAAAAGCAAGGGUGAACCUUGCUUUUCAAGAAGACUCUAAAUGUCAUCCAUUCCUUCUCUUGGAGUUGGCUAUUCCCACUGGAAAGCUUCUCCAAGACAUGGGAAUGGGGCUUAAUAGAAUCGCGCUGGAGUGCGAGAAGCACCCCAGCAACGAUAAAACAAAGGUCGUAGAUGAACCCAUCUGGACACUAUUUUGCAAUGGGAAGAAAACAGGCUAUGGAGUAAAGAGAGAUCCAACAGAUGAUGACUUGAACGUGAUGCAGAUGUUGCAUGUGGUUUCGGUGGCAGUCGGCGUGCUUCCGAGCGAAAUGUCGGACCCUCAAGACGGAGAAAUGUCAUACAUGAGGGCGCAUUUUGAGCGCGUGAUUGGGUCUAAGGAUUCAGAGACUUAUUAUAUGAUGAUGCCGGAAGGAAAUAGCAAUGGACCUGAACUUAGUGUGUUCUUUGUUAGGGUUUGA